AUGACCCUACUCAACAUUCCAUCUCUAACUUACUUUCGCAGAGACGGUCUUCCCAAAACCUUACAAUCUCUCAUAAUUCAAGACUGUGAGAAUUUGGAGUUCCUUUCUCAUGAUUCUUUUCACAAUUACACAUCACUUGAGUAUUUGAAAAUCUAUCGUAGUUGUAAUCGAGUGACAUCAUUUACCUUGCACUCUCUCCCGGUCCUCAAAAAUCUAACUAUUUAUUACUGUGCAUGUUUAAAAUCUAUAUUACUCGCUGAAGAUGCAUCAAAUCAGAAUCUCUUGUCUCUUGAAACAAUCAACAUAGGGAAUUGCAAUGAGCUAGAGUCAGUUUCUUCACUAAGUGGAUUGCUCAGUCCUAACCUCACUGAUUUAAGAGUGACUAAUUGUGAAAAGUUCCGUUCUCUACCCGAAUCAACAAAUACUCUAACUAGCCUUCAAAACAUGGAAAUUAUUGGCCUUCCAAAUCUGCAAUCGUUUUCCUUGCCCAUCAGUCUACAAGAGUUGCGGGUUGGCAAUGUUGGAGGGGUUUCGUGGAAUACAACUUGGGAAAAUCUCACUUCUCUUUCAAAGCUGGAUAUUCGAGGUGAUGAUAUUGUGAAGGCGCUGAUGAGAAGGAAUGUUCCGGUUCUACCCACUAGUCUCGUAUCCAUAGAGAUCUCUGGGCUUAAAGAUAUAAAAUGCUUGUAUGGGAAGUGGCUUCAACAUCUCACCUCUCUCCAAAAACUUGAGAUUUCUCACGCUAAUCUUCUCAAGUCGUUGCCAGAAGAGGGGGAGUUGCCUUUCACUCUUAAAGAAUUGUAUAUCGUUGACUGUCCGUUAUUGAGAGGAAAAUUGCAGUCGAGGACAGGGAAAGAGUGGAGUAAGAUUUCUCACAUUCCCUACAUAUGUAUAGACUAUCACGUCUACCAAUGA